ACUUAGUCAUCAUAGCGAUGUGUAGUGGCGCCUCAUCCUGGUUUUAAUUUGAAUUUCCUGAGUAAAGUCCUUUGAUCAAGAAUGUUCUUAAGGUUUUCUUUAAAUUUUAUACAGGACUGUAGACAUAUAUAUACUAAUGGAAAAUCACCUUUUGUAUUUUAAAUUUUUUCUUUAGGUUUCUUUAAAGUGACUGAAGACAAUAAUUCAAAAUGCCUGAAAAUCCUGCUACAGAUAAACUGCAGGUCCUGCAAGUUCUCGAUCGCCUGAAAGUGAAAUUGCAGGAGAAGGGUGACACGUCGCAGAAUGAGAAGCUCUCUAUGUUUUAUGAGACACUAAAAAGUCCUCUCUUCAACCAGAUACUCACACUUCAGCAAUCCAUCAAGCAACUCAAGGGACAGCUCAGUCAUAUACCUUCAGAUAGCUCAGCCAACUUUGAUUUUUCAAGGAAAGGUUUAUUAGUGUUCACAGAUGGUGCCAUUACAAAUGGGAAUGUCCAGCGGUCCUCUAAUAACAUGACUGUAUCAGGGUUAUUUCCUUGGACCCCUAAGUCAGGAAAUGAAGACUUUAAUGCAAUUAUUCAACAGAUGGCACAGGGCCGGCAAAUUGAAUAUAUAGAUAUACAACGUCCUUCAACUGGAGGCCUUGGAUUCAGCGUGGUGGCCCUUAGAAGUCAAAAUCUGGGAGAAGUUGAUAUCUUCGUGAAGGAAGUACAGCCAGGGAGUAUAGCGGACAGGGAUCAAAGGUUAAAGGAAAAUGACCAAAUAUUGGCUAUUAAUCAUACACCACUGGAUGAGAACAUUUCCCAUCAGCAAGCAAUUGCAUUAUUACAACAAACCACUGGAUGUUUGAGUCUGGUUGUGGCCAGGCAACCAGUCCACACAAAAAGCAGUACUUCUACCAGCCUAACCAAUACAGUUCUGCCAGAAACAGUUCGUUGGGGCCACAUUGAAGAUGUUGAGCUCAUUAAUGAUGGUUCCGGAUUAGGUUUUGGAAUAGUUGGAGGAAAAUCAAGUGGUGUGGUUGUGAGGACCAUAGUUCCUGGAGGGUUAGCGGAUCGAGAUGGAAGACUCCAGACAGGGGAUCACAUCUUGAAGAUUGGUGGCACAAAUGUGCAGGGAAUGACCAGUGAGCAAGUUGCACAAGUGCUGAGGAACUGUGGGAAUUCAGUCAGGAUGCUGGUUGCAAGAGACCCAAUUGGUGAAAUUUCUGUAACCCCUCCAACCCCUAUGGCCUUACCUGUUGCCCUGCCUGCUGUGCCUUUCAGGAGCCCAAGUUCUGAAAAUUCUACUCUUUAUGAAACUUACAAUGUUGAACUCAUCAAAAAAGAUGGACAGAGUCUUGGGAUUAGAAUUGUUGGCUAUGUUGGAACUGCUCAUACAGGGGAAGCUUCGGGGAUUUAUGUGAAAAGUAUAAUACCUGGGAGUGCUGCUUACCACAGUGGACAGAUUCAAGUGAAUGACAAAAUAGUUGCUGUCGAUGGUGUGAAUAUUCAGGGUUUUGCCAACCAGGAUGUUGUUGAAGUAUUACGAAAUGCAGGACAGGUGGUACAUCUAACCCUAGUUCGAAGGAAGACAUCCUCACCAGCUUCUCCAGUUGUUGAGCAGCCUCCGCUUGUUGAACAGCCUUCAGACACAGAAACUGUUGUAGAACCACCAAAACCACCAGCCCUCUUUCUAACUGGAGCAGUGGAAACGGAAACUAAUUUGGAUGGUGAAGAUGAGGAAACUGAAGAAAGAAUGGAUGAUCUAAAAAAUGACAACCUACAAGCCUUAGAAAAACCAGAAAGAGCCCCUGAAUUUCCAGAAAAUGAGCUGAAAUCCAGAUGGGAAAACCUGUUGGGCCCCGAUUAUGAAGUAAUGGUUGCUACUUUGGACACACAGAUUGCAGACGAUGCUGAAUUACAGAAAUAUUCAAAGCUGCUGCCCAUUCACACUCUGAGGCUUGGCAUGGAAGUGGAUUCCUUCGAUGGACACCAUUAUAUCUCUUCAAUUGUUCCAGGUGGUCCUGUUGAUACACUGAGCCUCCUUCAGCCAGAGGAUGAACUUCUUGAGGUCAAUGGUGUGCAGCUCUAUGGGAAAUCUCGCCGAGAAGCAGUCUCUUUCCUUAAAGAAGUGCCACCCCCCUUUACCUUGGUUUGCUGUCGACGGUUGUUUGACGAUGAAGCCUCUGUAGAUGAUCCAAGGACCACUGAAGCCCCUCUUCCUGAGAUGGAGGCCGAUCGCAAUGUAGAUGUCAAUACUGAAGAAGAAGAUGAUGAGGAAUUAGCACUGUGGUCUCCUGAAGUCAAGAUUGUUGAACUAGUUAAAGAUCAUAAAGGCUUGGGAUUCAGCAUUUUGGAUUACCAGGACCCCUUAGAUUCCACGAGGUCGGUGAUUGUGAUUCGUUCCCUGGUGGCCGAUGGUGUUGCAGAAAGAAGUGGAGAACUGUUGCCUGGAGACCGCCUAGUCUCAGUCAAUCAGUACUGUUUGGACAACACCAAACUUGCUGAUGCUGUGGAAGUGCUGAAAGCUGUGCCGCCAGGUACUGUCCGCCUUGGCAUCUGUAAGCCUCUGGGGGAAGAUGAUAAAGAGGAAGAAAGUCAUUAUAGGUUACAUUCAAACACUAAUGAAGACAAGACUGAAAUUUCAGGAGCAAUUCAUGAUAUAAAUUCAUCUUUAAUACUUGAAGCACCCAAGGAAUUUAGAGAUGAACCCUAUUAUAAAGAAGAACUUGUGGACGAACCAUUUCUAAAUUUGGGCAAGUCUUUCCAGUCCCAGCAAAAAGAGAUAGACCACAGCAAGGAGGCCUGGGAAAUGCAUGAAUUUCUGACUCCUGGGUUGCAGGAAAUGGGUGAAGAGAGAGAAAUGCUUGUUGAUGAAGAAUACGAGCUGUAUCAGGAUUGCUUUCCAUCCAUGGACUUGUACCCCUCUGCGCACACUCAGGAGGCCGCUCCCACUCCUGCUCUGCCCAUGAAGGAGCUCCACUUUGGUACACAGUGGGUGCGUGAGAGCGAACCGCCUGAGCCUCAGGAAGCAAGACCCAUGAUGAGUGUAUAUUCCCAGGAGACACAGCAGUAUGGCUAUGGCACUGAAGACGUGAUGAAAGAAAAUUUUGGCAUCGAUUCCCAGCCCUCCAUAUCUUCAACUGAAGGAAAUAGUCAACAGGGCAGAUUCGAUGAUCUGGAAAAUCUUAAUUCAUUAACAAACAGCGGUCUGGAGUUAGGCAUGAUGAUUCCCAGUGAUGUCCACGGUCCUGGCUUGCUUGUUGAACAUCCUGCUGUGGCUCAGAGAAGGCAGCAAGAUGAUCUGCCCUUAUACCAACUCCCCAGGACCCCAGGUGUUUCCAAGACCUCAGCAUGCACAGGCGUGUUGUCUUCUAGAUACGCCACUGAUGCAUAUGAGUUACCAGAGAGAGAAGAAGGUGAAGGAGAAGAAACUCCGAACUUCAGCCACUGGGGUCCGCCAAGGAUUGUUGAGAUUUUUAGAGAACCUGAUGUGUCUCUUGGUAUUAGUAUUGUUGGUGGACAAACCGUUAUAAAACGCCUGAAGAAUGGAGAGGAGCUUAAAGGAAUAUUUAUCAAACAAGUUUUAGAAGACAGUCCAGCAGGAAAAACAAACGCUCUUAAAACUGGAGAUAAAAUACUUGAGGUGUCUGGCGUCGAUUUGCAGAAUGCCUCGCACAGCGAAGCAGUGGAGGCUAUUAAGAAUGCAGGAAACCCUGUGGUGUUCGUUGUUCAGAGCUUGUCGCCCACUCCAAGAGCCAUUCCUAGUGCGCACAGCAAGGCCAACAAAGUCGCUAAUAGCCAGGACCAAGACACCCAAGGAAGAAAAGAAAAGAGGCAAGGAACAGCCCCGCCUCCGAUGAAACUGCCGCCUCCUUAUAGAGCUCCGUCUGAUGACAGUGAUGAAAGUGAAGAAGGACAUGCCUUUACCAACA